AGCGCUGGGCGUGCACUGAGCUCAGCUGCGCUUGGAGAUUUCACCACGUCGAUUUCUUGAGCAGCAGCUGCCUCCCUCCCUCUUUCCGUUGUGCCUGCGUGCCGAUGGAGCUGUUCCGGGGGAAGUCGCUGCUCAAGAGAGACGGCACGACCAUCUCGGCCGACGGGGUGCUGCGCAACAAGCGGCUCGUGUGCAUCUACUUCGCGGCACAGUGGUGCCCGCCGUGCCGCACCUUCACGCCGCUGCUGGCCGACGCCUACCGGAGGGCCAAGGACGACGGACUGGCCAUCGAAGUAGUCUUCGUGUCAUCGGAUAAAAGCUCUGAAGACAUGCUCGCCUACGUGCGGAGCGACCACGAAGACUGGCCUAUGCUUCCCUACGGCGACGGGCUGCAGUCCGUUCUCAAGGCCCGGUACAAGGUCUCCGGCAUACCGACGUUGGUCGUGGUCAGUGCGGACGGAUCACUGGUGUGCGCCAACGGCAGGCCCGACGUCCAGAUCAAGGGCUGCCAGGCGUUCAAGGACUGGAUGAGUUGCAUAUGAACGUGCGAUGAUGGAAGGCGAACGCUAGCGUCACGUCAAAUAAAUCUCCUCGCUUCUGUUUUUGAUAGAA